GAUCAGGGGUACAGUGGUGUGUUUGGAGCGUUCUGAGCGUUGGGAACACAAACAGACAUGUCUCUCGAUGACAUUAAGAUGAAGUCCAGCGACUUGCUGGAGAAGGAGGACCUGGACAGCGGUGGCUUCGGGAAGGUGUCUCUGUGUUUCCACAGACUGCAUGGACUGGUGAUCUUGAAGAAGGUGUACACAGGACCCAAGCGCACUGACUACAACGAGUCUCUGCUCGAGGAAGGGAAGAUGAUGUACAGGCUGAAGCACAGCCGGGUGGUGGAGCUGCUGGGUGUCAUCAUAGAAGACGGAAACUACUCCCUGGUGAUGGAGUACAUGGAGAAGGGCAACCUGAUGCAGGUGCUCAAAGCCAAGAUCAGUAUCCCGCUUUCUGUAAAAGGAAGGAUCAUUGCAGAGACCAUUGAAGGAAUGUGCUACCUGCAUGGAGAAGGCGUGAUACACAAGGACCUGAAGCCCGAAAAUAUCCUCGUUGAUAAUGACUUCCACAUUAAGAUUGCUGACCUGGGAGUGGCCUCCUUUAAGACCUGGAGCAAACUGACUACAGAGGAGCACAACGAGCAGAGGAAAGCCCACAGUGCCUCCAAGAAAAACGGCGGCACCCUGUACUACAUGGCGCCCGAGCACCUGAACGACGUCAACGCCAAGCCCACGGAGAAGUCGGACGUGUACAGCUUUGCCAUUGUGCUUUGGGCGAUUUUUGCCAAUAAGGAGCCUUACGAAAAUGCCAUCUGUGAGCAGCAGCUGAUACUGUGCAUCAAAUCCGGCAACAGGCCGGACGUGGACUGCAUCAUCGAGCACUGCCCGAGGGAGAUCAUCGGCCUCAUGCAGCUCUGCUGGAAUGAGGACCCGAGGGCACGCCCCACAUUCCCAGACAUUGAAGGAAAUUUUAAGCCUUUUUAUUCAUCUAAUUUGGAAGAAAAUGUGGAAGAGGAUGUGAAGAGUUUAAAGAAGGAUUACCCAGAGGUGAGUGCGGUCGUGAAGAGAAUGCAGUCUCUCCAGCUUGACUGUGUGCCAGCGCCUGCCAGCAGAUCCAACUCAGCCACAGAGCAGCCUAACUCCCUGCACAGUUCCCAGGGAUUCCAGACGGGGCCUGUGGAGAUGACCUUCGCGUCCCUGUUCUCGGCCUCCCCCGAGCACCUGCAAGAAGAGAACCAGCCGAGCCUGCAGAGUAAGCUCCAGGAAGAAGCCAACUACCAUCUUUAUGGCAGCCGCAUGGACAAGCAGAUGAGACAGCAGCCCCGGCAGAGUGUGGCUUACAGCAGGGAGGAGGAGAGGAGACGGCGGGUUUCCCAUGAUCCUUUCGCACAGCAGACACCUCAUGAGAACAUUCAGAACCCAGGCCUCCAAGUCCCGAGUUAUCUCGGUGCAGUCAAUCAAUGCAGUGUGCUCCACCAGCCAGUGAGACUCAACAGCCAGUCCCCACCGCCGUACUGGAACAAUGGGUUCUACAGUCUACACGGUUUGGGAACGAGGCCAUUAGACCCAGGGGCAGUGGGUCCUUCAGUUUGGUAUGCAUCAGCUGGAAGCCAGAUUCAAAGUCAGCAUAAAACUCCAGUGCCUGAGACCAACUUACUAGGAAAUACACCCACCAUUCCAUUUACCUCCUUGGCACCAGCAGAGGAGUCUAUAAAAUGCACCAUCUACAACAGCAGUGGUAUUCAGAUCGGAGCCUGUAACUAUAUGGAGAUUGGCGGGGGGCUCUCCCCACUGUCAGACGGCUUGUACGCAAACCCCCAGGAGCCACCUUUGAAGGACCACGCCAUCUUUGAUGAUGCCACCAGUCUGACUGAUACCCACCUGAGCCCAGUCAGGGACAACCUGGGAAAGCACUGGAAAACCUGCGCCCGCAAGCUGGGCUUCACCGAGUCUCAGAUUGAUGAAAUCGACCACGACUACGAGCGGGACGGACUGAAAGAGAAGGUUUACCAGAUGCUCCAAAAGUGGCUGAUGCGGGAGGGCACAAAGGGUGCCACUGUGGGCAAGCUGGCCCGUGCCCUCCAGCAGAGUGCCAGGAUAGACCUCCUCAACUACCUGGUCCGCCUCAGCCAGAAGUAACCCUGCAGGGCUCCACUCCCCUG